AUGCACCAGAACGGCUCGUCGACGCCCGUGUUCGGCAACGGCGGCGGCGGCCAGCAGCAUCAUGCCCGCCGCGACACGUACCCCUUCAAGAAGUCUCACCGGUCGAAGCCUCGACGAUGGCCGCUCGUGCUGCGCUUCAUCAAAGGCGCCAUCCACAGCGCCAUUCUGAUUCCGCUCAUCUGCCACGCGCUGUUCACGGUCUUGAUUGUCUGCCUGGAUAAAUAUGUCUACGACAGCCUGGGCCUGCCGCCCACCAUCAUCCCCUCCCUCUCCAUCGUCGUCGGCCUCAUCCUCGUGUUCCGCAACCAGACCUCGUACAAUCGCUUCUGGGACGGCCGCAACGCGCUGACCUCCAUCAACACCGCCGUGCGCAACCUGACCCGCACCAUCCUCGUCAACUCCUUCUACCCCAACCGCCCGCUCACCAGCUCCGAGCGCCACGACAUCGAGCGCACCGUCCGCGUGCUGAUCGCCUUCCCGUUCGCCGUCAAGAACUACCUGCGCGCCGAAUGGACCUCCAGCUGGCCCGACCAACUGCAGCAGCCGCCCUACCUGGACACCGCCGCCGCCGAGAGCGCCUCCGAUAACGGCUGCCCCUCGCCCAAGGUCGAGUAUCUUGGCCUGCUGCCUUCUGGCUUCGAGUUCCUGGAGUCUGACGGCCUGUCCGUGCCGCUGCAGCUGAGCUUCUUCGUCGAGGGCUUCAUCAAGCGCGGUUUGGAACGGGGCUGGUACGACGCCCCCGGCGCCAGCCAGAUGGGCAACCAGGUCUCUGCCCUGACCGACGCCUACGGCAAGAUGGAAACCAUCAAACUGACCCCCAUCCCCAUUGCUCACCUCAUCCACCAAAAGCAAGUUCUCGCGCUGUUCGGGUGCGUGCUGCCGUUCGCCAUGGUCGACGACAUGGGCUGGUGGGCCGUGCCCAUCGUCAGCCUGGUCAUCUUCACGCUGUACGGCAUCGAGGGCAUCGGCUCGCAGCUCGAAGACCCCUUCGGCUACGACCGGAACGACAUCAAGAUGGACGCCAUCGUGGACGACGAGCGAACCGAGAUCGAAGCCAUCUUGAACGAGUGGAGACGCGUCACCGAGGUGUCGGACGAGGGGGUUGAUGUGAACGGCAAUAGCAACGAGGUCGGCCGUACCGCCGUGUUUAGAAGGAGAGAGAUGUUUAUUGGCAAGUAA